AGUGAAUCUUGAAAUUUGUUUAGAUUUUAGGUGGAAGUAAAUAAGACCUUUGUAUAGUUUUCUUCUCUCUGGCCCAACAACAAACCCCGAAUAUUGUGCCGGAGAUGCUGCACUCGUAUUUGGGCCUUCAUUGGUAUACAAGUCGUAAAGCUCAAUUCGGCCCGGUUAUAAGCGCUGACGGGAGAAUCUCAACUGAACAAGUCCACCUCCACGAGUCCGUUCGUGGCGUCAGGCCAAUCAUGUCGCGGCCGCCGUCGCCGAUGCUCUCGGUCCCGGAGAAGAAGACCGCCGCCGCCGAGCUCUUCCGCGACCGCCACUUCUUCGGCGCCGCCUCCUUCUCCGAAAUCCGCGACGCCCGCGCCGUCGUCGCCGUCCCGAACCCGCAGGCGCAGCCACCGGCCUCCCGCCGCGCCCUCCUCCUCCGCUACCACCGGCUCCUCUUCUCCGCGCGCGACGACCCCUGCGCCUUCGACGAGACGCUGUCCUUCGCCUGGCACGACGCCUUCCGCCCCCACCUUAAGCACGCCGCCGCCUCCCUCCGCUUCGAGAAGGCCGCCCUCGUGUUCAACGUCGGCGCGGCCGCCUCGAGGAUCGCGGCGGCCGUGAGCCGCGCCACGGAGGAAGGGGUGAGGGCGGCGUGCGGAGAGUUCCAGCGCGCCGCGGGGGCGUUCCGCGCGGUGGGGGAGAUGAUGGAAGAGGAAGAGGCGACGACGGUGGAUAUGAGUUCUCAGGCCUCGGCGAUGCUGGAGCGCCUCAUGCUCGCGCAGGCGCAGGAGUGCUGUUUUGAGCGCGCUCUCGCCGCGGGGAGAUCACCGCCGGUGUGCUCCAAAGUGGCUAGGCAGGCUGCCCUGUACUAUGAAGAAGCUUAUGCUGCACUAGUGGCUCCUCCGCUGCAGAACCACUUUGAAAGAUCAUGGGUAUCCCAUGUCCAAUUGAAGGCUGCUCUGUUCAAUGCAGAAGCUUGCUAUAGGUACAGUAUUGAACUCCAUGGGAAGACAGAAAUUGGUGAGGAGAUAUCUCGAUUGCAGGUCGGAAUUAAGGCACUUGUCGAUGCAAAGCGAACUGCAAGAGGAGCUCCUGGACCCCUGUAUGACUAUGCUUUCAGACUAGAACAAGAUAUGAACAAGAGCAUGGAGACAGCGAAAGAGGAGAAUUAUCGUGUAUAUCUUUUUCGCAUUCCGGCUGCCGAAUCAUUGGCCUCUCUACCAGCAGCUUCACUCGUCCGUUCUGCAUCCUUGAGUGAGAUCUUGGAUCCGAAGACAGAAAGUAGCACUCAAUCUCCAUAAAUGGAUGCUUCUGAUUAUGGUAAAAUUAUGGAAUGGUACGCCCAUAGUAGUAUUUGCAUGUAAAGAUUUCCCUCUAUAGCAGAAUUUGUAGGGUUGAUAAUGUUCAUUAUAUUCUUAUUUUGUUGUUCUGACGGAGUCUAAAUAGGUGCACAUUCAGGUGGUGAUAUUUGCGGGGAUAUAACUAAAUAUCUGCGUUGAUGCGUUUGAGAUAUAUGUUAUGCUGCCCUUGGAUGGGAAGUUUUGCUUCUAGGUAGUUUCGAUUCAUCAGUUCUACAGACCUAUCCUGUUGGGGUUUUAAGUAAAAUGAGAUAUGCGAACUCUAUUCUUUGUGUAAUAAAUAUCAUUUUUUUUCUUGUUA